AUGCUUUCAUCUAAGAUCAAUUGCCUAUUUGGCAUUCAAAUUUUCGCUCAUUUGGCCCAUUGUACAAGCUCUCCGAUUGCUACUGCUACCAAUACCUGGUCAACUAAGGUCUACAAUGUCUCCGCAGCGACGACAACAUUAACCUAUGAGUACACUAAUGAGGAAUUGGCUAUGCUAUGGAACCAAGUCGGAUCCAUCGCUGUAGGGCCAAUCACGACGACAGUAGAGCCAACACCAGAGCCUUCAUCGUAUCCUCGUCCAGGAAUCUUUCACCCUCUAGUGCCAACCUAUGAUACAUCCCUGAAUAAUCAAAGUCUACCUGACGAUUUCAUUUGGGGUUUAGCAGCCAGUUCAUAUCAAAUUGAAGGAGCCGCGAAGGAUGAAGGUAAAGGUCCCUCGAUUUGGGAUUUGAUUGCACAUCGAGACUAUGGAGCCGUCGCAGACAACUCCACCGGUGAUAUCGUGGCUAGUCACUAUUGGCUUUACAAACAAGACUUUGCUCGUCUUGCUAGUUUGGGAGUUCCAUACUUCUCUCCGUCAUUCUCUUGGCCGAGAUUCUUCCCAUUCGGAAACGGGCCCGUAAACCAACAGGGUGUUGAGCACUAUGAUGAUGUUAUUGCUAGCAUGGUCGCCAAUGGAAUCAAGCCUGCUGUCACACUGUUUCAUUGGGAUACACCCCUCGCCCUAUUCAAUUCAUAUGGAGCCUGGACAGACGAGCGAAUUGUAGACGACUUCUUCAAUUAUGCCAAGUUUGUCAUCACCAGAUAUGACAAAUAUGUGCCAAUUUGGUAUACAUUCAAUGAACCUCAAUACUGCAACUGGCAAUACGCCUCCUACCCUGCCGGAAACACCAAAGGCAACUACCCCGCUUACCACAACAUCACUGGUGGUCUCCCCGCUCGCAUCGCCUGUUCACACUACAGCAUCCUCGCUCACGCAAAGGUGGCCAAAUGGUACCACGAAGAGUUCCACGGUGCCGGCCGCAUAACCUUCAAAAACUCCGGUAACUUCUACGCACCCAACAGCACCUCCUCAGGAGACGUCGACUCUGUAGCCCGUAACUUUGAAUUCGCAUUGGGUUGGUUCAACGGCUGUUGGCGCGACGGUGAUUAUUCUUCCAUGUUAAAAGAAACUUUGGGAGAUCUACUUCCGGAAUUCACCCAGGAGGAAAAGGACAUGAUCAAAGGAAGUUGUGAUUUCUUCGCUAUAGAUGGCUAUACCGCAUUCCUUGCUACUACCAUCCCUGGAGGUUCUGCAGCCUGCGCAUCGAAUUCUUCCCACCCCUCUUUUCCUGAAUGCGCAGGUUCAACUUCGCUUGCCGCAGAUGGGUUCCCAUUAGGACCUGCCGCCGAUGAAGGGGUCAACUGGUUGGUUAGUACACCAGCUGCUAUCCGUAAGUUCUUGAAUGUUAUUACAAAAGAGUUGUUUCCAGCAGUAGGGGAUAUCGUUGUUAGUGAGUUCGGAUUUGCGGAGCCGUUUGAGGGACAGAUGGGUACUUUGGGUGAGAUCUUGUGGGAUUUGAGACGAGCAGAUUAUUAUAGAGGGUUCUUGGACAAUAUUCUUGCAGCAAAGGUUGUUGAUGGCGUCAAUGUCACUGGUGCAUUUGGCUGGGCUAUCUUCGAUAACUUUGAGUGGUUUUCGGGAAGUAAGGUGAAAUUUGGAAUGCAGUGGUUGAACCAGACUUCUAUGGAACGUAUUCCAAAGGCAAGCAUGUUCCAGUUUUUGGACUGGUUUGAUGCCCAUGGAGGAGCUAAGUUGGGGGCGGGUAGCUCCGGAAACCUGACAAAGAAACACUUUAACUAG